GAUUAAGCAAUGGAGAAGAAAAUGGAAGCAAAGAGAAGGAUAGUGUUAGUUCCAAUUCCAGCACAAGGUCAUGUAACUCCACUGAUGCAACUUGGGAAAGUACUUAACUCGAAGGGCUUCUCAAUUACAGUUGUUGAGGGACAUUUCAAUCAAGUAAGCUCUUCUUCUCAACACUUCCCUGGUUUUCAGUUUGUCACCAUAAAAGAAAGCUUACCAGAGUCUGAAUUCGAGAAACUCGGAGGAAUCGAGUCUAUGAUAACGCUCAACAAAACAAGCGAGGCAAGCUUCAAGGACUGUAUAAGUCAGUUGUUGCUACAACAAGGCAAUGAUAUUGCAUGUAUCAUUUACGACGAGUACAUGUACUUCUGUGGAGCUGCAGCUAAGGAGUUCAGCAUUCCUAGUGUCAUAUUCAGCACUCAAAGUGCUGCAAAUUACGUUUCACAUCCUGAUAUGCAAGACAAGGUGGUGGAAAAUUUGUAUCCAUUACGAUACAAAGACCUACCGACUUCAGGAAUGGGGCCACUAGAUCGAUUUUUUGAGCUCUGUAGGGAAGUAGCCAACAAAAGAACAGCUUCAGCUGUUAUCAUCAACACGGUGAGCUGUCUAGAGAGCUCGUCUCUGUCAUGGCUGGAACAAAAAGUAGGAAUUUCUGUGUAUCCAUUAGGCCCUCUUCACAUGACAGAUUCAUCACCUUCUAGUUUACUUGAAGAGGACAGGAGCUGCAUUGAAUGGCUGAACAAGCAGAAACCAAAGUCAGUGAUAUACAUAAGCAUAGGAACACUUGGUCAAAUGGAAACCAAGGAAGUUUUGGAGAUGUCUUGGGGGUUGUGUAAUAGCAACCAACCAUUUCUAUGGGUUAUCCGAGCGGGUUCUAUCCUUGGCACUAACGGAAUAGAGUCAUUGCCAGAGGAUGUCAAUAAAAUGGUCUCUGAAAGAGGAUACAUUGUGAAACGAGCACCGCAGAUAGAAGUACUUGGACAUCCUGCAGUGGGAGGCUUCUGGAGCCACUGUGGAUGGAACUCAAUACUCGAGAGCAUUGGAGAAGGAGUUCCAAUGAUUUGCAAGCCCUUUCAUGGCGAGCAAAAGUUGAAUGCAAUGUACUUGGAGUGUGUUUGGAAAAUUGGGAUUCAAGUGGAGGGUGAUCUAGAAAGAGGAGCGGUCGAGAGAGCUGUGAAGAGGUUAACGGUUUUCGAAGAAGGAGAGGAAAUGAGAAAGAGAGCCGUCACUUUGAAGGAGGAGCUGAGAGCCUCUGUUAGAGGUGGAGGUUCUUUACACAACUCGCUAAAGGAGUUUGAACACUUCAUGAUGACUCUAUGAAGACAAUUACUUGUGUGGAUGUUAAGAAAUCUAUGUACUUUUCUAUUCUAGAAGAAUCUCGCUACUAUUAAAUAAGAUAAUCAAGGUCUGAAGAUAAGGUUGUCACUG